CGAGAGGCAACAAUGCGCUUGGCGUGCCUAGAUUGCCCGGAAGUCAAAAGAAGAAGAAGCACCCUGUUUGACAAAACGAAAAUCGCAUGAGCAAUUUUGUUCGCUAUAUUGUUUGCUAGAGGGCUGUACACCUGAUUAUGGUCUCACAAUUGGUUUAUAAAUCUAUAUAGUAGUUAAGUAGUUUCAUCUGUCUUUUGCUGUCAACGUGCAAUGUCGUCGUGGGUUAUUUCCCCGAGCGGCAGAAGACCCCAACCCAAUCCAAAUGGAGGGGUCCAACCUCUACGGUCUUUCCGAAGACCAGCACCAUACCCCGUUGUUAGAGAGGAGAGGACGGAGGACCACAACAAGGAUGCAGAAAGUUAUGAAGAGGUCUUAGACCAACAACAUUACAGUGGUCCAAUGAAAUAUGAAGGCUAUCAACAGAAUGCAGCAUCAGAUGCUUACAAGCCUCCAGCUGAUCAGCGCAAGACUCUAUACCAGCGCUUUUACAGACAUAUCCAGGAAGAGAGAAGAGCUGCAGACUGUGUAGUCCUGUCCGUAAGCAACCAGUCCACGGAUUACCCCAAAUCGCUAGGCCAGUGUUUGCAGGAGCGUGGCCUCUCUGUGGAAAUGCUCUACCUGCAGGCGGAGUCUGGCCUGACGCGGGCCCUGCAGGACGUGCGCGGCCUUGGCUCCCCCUUAUGUAUACUCGUGGAGCAGACUAAUGUAGCACUCUCCUCCUGCACUGUUAUCAUAUUUUCAGAGUCCCUCAAAAUCCACCGGAACAUGCCAAAGGAGCAGGCCAUGGACUUUGUCAUAACGGAAUACAGCCGAGGACUCGGGGAGCGUCCUCAGAAGGACCCGACGGAGAUGGCGGCCCGAGCGUCCGAGCUGGCGGAUGACCUCCUGGAGAGAGAGAAGAUGGAGAGGCACGCAGUACCGGCAGAGACACGCCAGCUGCUCCUCUUCCUGGCCGAGGGCGUGCACCUCUACUCCGAAGAGCUGGGAACCAUUGCUGAGUACCUCCGCUCCCGCCAGGACCAUUCACAAGCGACCUCCUCAGAGACAGAGGACGGAGCCCACCCUGAGAGGAGGAAGAUUCUGCCCCCUGGCCUGGGAAAGCCCCCUCCCCUGCUGCCCACCCCCUCCGGUCCUCCCCCCCCCCAGGUGGCCAUGGGAGACCACCCACAGCCCACCCCCCUGAUGGCCCCCCCAGGCUCCUACCCUAAGACCAAGCCCCCACCACUAUUGUCCAUGCACAGGGCCAACCACGGCCCCCCAGCCCCCCACGGCCCCCCUGCCCCACGUGGACCCCUUCCUCCUCGGGGCCCUCCCUUACAUUGCCCCUCCUCUCGAGGGCCACCCCCCCACCACCAUGGCCCCCCUCCCUCUCGUGGUCCGCCACUCCCCCGGGGUCUGCUCCUACAGAGUGGCCCCCCACACAGCCUCAUGGCUCCCAGGGGCCCCAUGUCUCCCCACCCCCCCAGAGGAGCCCCUCCAUCCCUGAAGAGCCUUCACAUGGGGGGGCCACAACCCGGGCUGCUGCCGUGUCCAGGUGGCCCCCCUCCCCGACCCAACGCCCCCAGACGCUGAGGACACACCCACACACACUCUUACAUCACACUGUUUAAUGUUCAGGCAGAAAUGUGUACAGGAUAACCAUGAGUGUCAGUCAUGUUGACUAUGAAACUUUAAUAUCCCUGUAAACAUGGUAGGGUGAUAUUGAUCAGUGUGAUGGAUGCCAGUCUAUGAUGGAUGCCGGGUGAAAUAUCAUGCAGCACACUCAGGACCCAGUUUUUGUCAUUUUAUUUCAAUGCUUGAUCAACCAGUUUGAUGUAAACUAAUCUGUAAUUACGCAAGCUCAGACAUUGGUGUGACCUGUUUGACCCUUGGUAGUGUGCCGCUUAGCUUUUUGUUUGAUUUUUGUCAUCCACAAUGUUAAAGACAGCUGUUCUCUACGCUCCCAUGUACUUUUUGUAGUUGUGGUUUUUUUAUAUAUAUAUAUGUAAGAAUAGGAUGUAAAUUGUAAUAAAAUGUAAUCAAAACACAAUUGUUAUUGUAACUUUAAUAGACUAUUUUAAUAGUACUAUUAAUACAGAAUGUCACAUGCAUUUGUUUUGGUCGCCAAGUACAAUGAAAUAACUGCAAGAAAGGGGUCACUUUACUCUGAUCAGUCCAGCACUCACAAGACACGGCACACUUUUGUUUAUACGAUUCUUUGAUUACCUUUUCUGUAUGGGAAGAUAAUCAGCUCUAAUUCAUGUGUUUAACAUGCCAUGUUGAGGCCUUGAUUUUGAAGAAAUGUGUAGUCAUAGAAUCUGAUGAUGAUGAUCAGGGUGUGGGAAUCCCAUUUGAGUGGAACACAUUUCCACCACUAGAUGGGGCAGCAGCUCCAUGCAAUGUGUACAUUUUAGUAUAACUCAACCACACUGCACACCUCAGAACCUCACUCUGGAAAAAGAAUGAAGCUUAUUCAUUGGAAUCAGAAGUCCCUAAAAUCAAACUCAUGUUUCAUUAAUGUUUGACCCCUAAUGUUGUUUUAUAGUUAUUGAUUGAAACUGCAGUGAUUAUUAAUCAUACUGUAGUUCUUCCAGAGUAUAUAAAUGCAGGUUUUAUUGACAAAACUUCCGGUCUGAGAGAAAAAUGAUAUAUGUAUAUGUAUAGGACAUACAUAUAUGUAUUGUUGAAUAUUAUUUUAUGUCUAACAUGUAAUUUUUUAUGAAUCUCUGGCCCUCCAUAACAAAUGUUGAGCUAUUUCUGUUACGGCAGAACAGAAUACACUCUGUAAGAACUGAGACACA